UUUAGCUCGCAGUAAAUGAGCAAGAGUGGCAAUAGAUGGCAAUUUCUUGCUGAAAAUACUGUAUGUUUAGAGAUAUACCAUUGCAAAAUAACACCAGAAAGAAGCGAGACGCAAAAAUAAUUCUCCAUUAUUUAUAUCCAGCUAGCUUCGUGUUUAACUCGAUACCAUUUUAGCCGAAUAUCGCUAGCUAGUUUAGCUUGUAAACAAUAACCGACCUCGAAAACCAACAGUUCAAGGAGCUACUUGUGCAUCCGUGUGAUAUAUGUCAAGAGAUCAAUGUUAGAAUAGUAACGUUUCACUGUACUUUUUUUAUAAACGACGCACUCAGGAAAAGUGAAACCUUUAUACGGAGUCCGGUCCGAUUUAGUCGUCGACAACGUGACGUCAUCGGUGGUACCGUGUAAUACCGGUAAUUACUGUUAUCGUUAAGUGAACUGAGCUUCAGCCAUGUCGAAGGUGGAGCGUCUGAAUGCCAGGGUCAGUAAGUUGCUGACGGCUGCGGUGCAGGAGGUACUGGAAGCCGUGAGGGAGACGGUGUCCGAGUAUCAGGAGAAAACGGCUCGCACGCAGAGGGAGAACGAGAGACUGAGGCGAAAGUUACAGGAGCUGCAGGAGCUCACGUCGAACAGACAUGCUGGCGCAGAGGAAUCCGUCAUAUGCUGUAACGCGGUGAAACGGACCAAAUCGGAUACUUUAACAAGCGGAACGGGUGACGUCACCCAGAAGGACGGCGAGUUCAAGCUGGAGACAGGAAGUGGCAAAGAUAAACCGAAUGCAAAUCCUGUCGUUUCUCAUGUUGUGCAUUCAUCGCAAUCUUGCUUUGAAGAUUCAGAGCCGAAUGUCCAGACCACUGCAUCGCAAUUCAGCAUCCAAACCAAGAUUUCGGUGUCGGACUAUGUUUCCCAUGAUGCAACUCCGCCUGAACAAACAAGGCUCAUAGCAGCAGACUUCACCCCGAGUGUGAUCAAAACCGAAGCGGAAAGUGAGGAGUAUCGCGAUUACACUUCACAAGCUUUAAUCUACCAAACAGAGCAAAUGACGACACAGAGCACAUCCUGCGCCAUUGUCCCAUUUGCACUCAAUGGCUCUUUGCAGAGACUCAUGACUGAAGACAUGGAGCAGAUCGAUGCCGUUUUAGACAGCACAGAGGCGAGAGGUGACGAGUUGUUAAACGGUUUAUCGUAUCGGAGGAGCGGGUGUGGCUUCCGAAUGCGGCGGGCGGAGAAACGCUUCUGCUGCGCACUCUGUGGCCGCACCUUCAGCCAUGCCGGAGACUUUAAAAAGCACAAGCGUGUGCACACUGGCGAGAAGCCGUACCUGUGUACGCUUUGUGGGAAACGCUUCAGCCAGUCGGGGUACCUGAAGAUCCAUCAGCGCUAUCACACGGGAGAGAAACCAUACACCUGCAACACCUGUGGAAAACGCUUCAGCCACUCUAGCAAUUACAAAAAACACCAACAGACUCAUAUCGCUCAGAGUCUGGGCGCUAAUUUACUUUAAGAGGUGUGUAUAUUUGGAGGUUUGGAGCCAGACAGUGUAUCUGACUGAAUAUAACACACACAAGACUGGAACGUAGUCAAGGUGUAUGAUCUGAUGUGUUUUUCUUUUGGAUGGUUUUCUGUCCUCUUUUUCAGAUUAUAACCUCAAUGGAAUACAUACUGACACAGUUCAUAUUUGAGUUUUGUUAUAUAUAUAUUAUACACACACACACAAUGGUGUAUUAUGAUUUUGUAAUAAAUUUUAAUUCUUUUCCUUUUGUUUUCACAACUGGCUUGUGUGUUUUUUAAGUAUUGGUUAACACCUAACACAAAUACAGGGGGUGUAGCUGUCUCUGUGACUGUUCUGACUGCUUUUAAAUAAAUAAACAAUCAAGUAAUGAAACAAA